UAAGCUGCGAUUCGACCGAGCGCGGAACAUGAGGCCGUCUCUUCUAUCAGCGAUUGUGGUGUGCUUAGUCUUUGUGGGAACCGCAACGAAUGGCGAUCCGCUGCUUGUUGACUUGCCCGUUGGCACAAUACGCGGACGCGAUAACGGCGAGUAUUACAGCUAUGAGUCCAUACCAUAUGCAGAGCCGCCAGUUGGUGCACUAAGAUUUGAGGCCCCACGUCCGUACGUGCGCCAAUGGUCUGAGAUAUUUGAUGCAACCAAACCGCCGGAGCCUUGCAUGCAAUGGGAUCAGGACACAGAGGGACGCAACAAACUGCUGGGUGUUGAGGACUGUCUAACCGUAAAUGUAUAUAAGCCGAAGAAUGCAAGCCGGAGCAGCUAUCCUGUGGUGGCUUUGAUUCAUGGAGGCGCCUUCAUGUUUGGUGCAGUUCGCCAGAAUGGACACGAGCAUUUUAUGCACAGCGGGAAUGUGAUUGUGGCGAAGAUGAAUUAUCGACUGGGCCCGCUUGGCUUUGCCAGUGCCGAGGACGACACUUUGCCAGGCAACUACGGACUCAAAGAUCAGCGCUUGGCAUUGCAGUGGAUUAAAGAGAACAUUUAUCGGUUUGGUGGUGAGCCCGAAAAUAUUCUAGUGCUGGGCUUCUCUUCCGGUGGUGCAGCCGUACAUUUACAUCUUUUACGUGAGGAUUUCAAGGAAUUGGCCAAGAGCGCUGCCUCGUUUAGUGGCACAGCAUUGAAUCCAUGGGUUAUGAUGCAUAAUGCCCGUGCCCGGGCCUUUGAAUUGGGUCGUAUUUUACGCUGCGAUAAGGUGACCAAUUCAAUGGAACUGAAGAGUUGCUUAAAGUCGAAGCCGGCGGCUCAAAUUGUAAGUGCUGUACGUAACUUUCUGGUCUUCGGCUAUGUACCGUUUACCACAUUUGGUCCAGUUGUGGAGCCCAUCAACGCGCCAGACGCUUUUCUCACGCAACCACCCAGGGAGAUUAUAAAGAGUGGAAACUUUUCUCAGAUUCCUUGGCUCGUCUCCUACUCCAGGGAGGAUGGUGGCUACAAUGCUGCCUCGUUGCUGGCACGUCAGCCCCACCAUGGCGAAGAACUUAUCGAAGAGCUCAACGAUCGUUGGCAUGACUUGGCGCCCUAUUUAUUAUUUUAUCGUCACGCAAUGAAGACCGUUGAGGAAAUGGAUGAUUACUCGGUGUCGCUUAAAAGACGUUAUAUGGGAAACCAAACAUUUACUUUAACAAGCUACCAAUCGGUCCAACGCAUCUUUACCGAUGUUCUUUUCAAGAAUGGCGUGGAGGAGGCCCUGAACCUACAUCGUCAGCACGGACGCAGUCCCAUCUACGCAUACGUCUAUGAUAAUCCCGCUGAUCUUGGCAUUGCACAAGCGCUGGCAAAACGAAAUGAUGUCCACUUUGGCACUGUGCAUGGCGAUGAUUUCUUUCUGAUCUUCGCCAAUUCCAUCCGUGAUCCGAAAAUGCGUCCAGAUGAGCAAACGAUUUCACAGAAUUUCAUCAAAAUGCUGGAGGACUUUGUCCGAAGCAGUGACGGGAAAUUGUUUUAUGGCAGUUGUGAGUUUAAGAAUAAUGUAAACGAAAAACAAUUUCAGUUGCUGUCCAUCACACGCAAUAAUUGUACAAAUAAGAAAUUGGAGCGAUUUCCAUAGAGCCUGAAAAUAUGCUUUAUACAAAUUAAUGGAAUAAAUAUACUUCAUCAACAAGCA